AUGUACCAAGAAUUCCCAGAAGAUCUGAUCAAUGACAUCCUAUGUAGGCUUCCGAUCGGGCAUUGGAUUGGCCGAUUCUGCUGCGUCUGCAAAUCAUGGCGCACCCUCUUCUCCGAUCCCUCAUUCUUCCAGCGAGAGAAAUCCCUAGAUCCUCGUCCUCAAAUCUUGAUCAAUUCCGCCAACAACGACGACGAGAGGUCAGUUUACCGUUUGUACUCUGCCGACACACUCGAGCCCCUCCUUCCUUCCCCUGUCCAGCUACCCUUCAACGCAGAGAAUCCCCUCGGAGAUGAUUACCGUUUCUGGGAUCGGGCUAUAAGAAUUGCAGGAUCCUGUAACGGCCUGAUUUGCAUAUCCGACGGUGAUUACGAUCUGAUUCUUUGGAACCCUGCCACCUCCGAGACCAAGCUUGUCCCGCCUUCCCCUCUCCGUCCCAACUGGAAUCUUGGAGCUGUUGGGUUUGGUUUCGAUCCCGAAACAGAGGACUACAGAGUCAUUAGGCAAUUUAUGUACGACGAUGGUUCCUGGGGAUGCAGUUAUUUCUCAGAGGUUUACUGUUUGAGGACUGAUUCUUGGACCAAGUUAGCCGACGAUGAUGAGAAUGGCUAUUAUCUGUCCACCUACGAUUCCCAGAUGCCACAGUGUAACAAGGGAAAGUUGCAUUGGUGGAGCUGGAAGCGGAACCCAGGCGGGGAACCGUGGAGUUUAGAGUUUCAGUCAUUUGCCAUCAGCAGCCACGAGUUCCGAACAGUGGAUUUGCGUUUGCCUUCUGAGGUCGAUGAUGGGUGUGGUGAUCUGGAAUAUCUGUUGAACGAGGAGUACAUGGUAGCUCUCUUUCCCCUUAGAGACGAUGCGAGGAGACAUGUCACCAAGUCUUGUGAGGUAUGGGUGCUCUUGAAGUAUUGGGUGCCGGAGUCUUGGACAAAAUUGUUCGUCAUUGCGAGCCCGUCGAUUGAAUUGGGGAUUUUUACCUUCGGAAUUUCGAGGAAUUUGAAGUGGUUGAUUUUGACGUAUCAUUACGACGGCUACUACGACGGGAAUGAGUUCCUCAUUGCCAUUCGUCCGGAGACGGGAGAUUUGAGAGAUUUUCAUGAUUUCGACAUUCCGACAAGGAGAUUUCCGGUGACCGUAAUUAAUUACGUGCCCUCUCAAGUUUGUAUACGUGAUUGCUACGCGGUUUCGAGUUAG